GAGAAAAAGAUAACAAUAUGUACGAAAUCGCCGAAAUAUCCUGACUUUCCUUUUAGCGAAUCUGUAAUUUAAAAAGAACCGACUGAGGACGUUGAAGUCUCCAAUUUUCAUUUUUGUUACUCAAUUAUCCGUCAUACAAAUAAACACCCCCUCAUACACACACAAACACACACACGUGUACACAUGUAUACCCUAUUACAUUCAGCUCUAUAUGUUUAACAUGCAGUUUUAUGUGACUUGUUCCUUAAUAUACAAGGUGUUUCUGGAGGAAUGGUCAGCAUUCUAGGACGUGAUUGUAUACACAUUAUUUUGAGCAAAAGGGUUCACAUAAACAUAUGUUUUAUUUUAGACAAUUAUAUUAUAAAGAUACAACAUAUUCAAUCUUAAGAACGAAUACAUUCAUUAGCUUGAUAGAAUCUGCAAAUAUUGUGAAACAAUUAUAUUAAAUUGUUAUAAUUUCCUGUCACCAUGAUUACGAAUGUAAUUAGGUCACGUGUGAUGUGAAUCCAGUGUUAGUUUGUAAUUUUUAGUUUCGCUAUAAUUAAAAUAUGUCUUUAUUCACUUAUGUCAAAAUUCUAAUUAAUUGUAAUUUUAAAAUUUAAUGUAAUCGCCUCAUAGAAUUUGGUUGUAUCAAGUUAAUUGAAUGUAUUCGUUCCUAAGACUGAACACGCUGUAUCUUUCCAACCGUUCAGAAUAGAACACAUGUUUAUAUAAACUUUUUUGCUUAAAAUGGUACAAUCGUGUCCUAGAAUGCUGACCAUUCCUCCGGAAACAUCCCGUGUAAUUUCAUCCGCUUUCUCUGUAUCUGGUUGUGACAUAUGUAAGCGAUACAUUUACGUGUAAUCUGGAAAUUAAAUGCCCUCCUCUCAUAUGUUAAAUAUGCUAAACGUAUAUAUACACUUUCUUGUAUGUCUUUCUUUCCUUCCUUCUUUCUCUCUCUCUCUCUCUGUAUGUGCGCGUGUGUAUUGUAUGUAUGUACGUGUGCAUAAUUCAAUGCAGCCGCGUGCAAUGAAACGUGCAGCUUCUUUACGUUAGUCUGGUGCCGUUCAAUUCCGAUCGAAUCUGUUUUGUUACUUUUGUUGGUGUAGUGGUCUCUGGGCAGUACGUUUAACGAUCGUUAUCGGAUCGACAAAAGUAUAGCUAUUAUUAAAGCCUUUAGAUUAGACAGUUUUAUUUCUUUUCGGGCUCGAACGCUCGAAAGUUGUAUCAGACAAAAUUACCUGUAAAUUUCCCCUUUUCGAAUAUAAUCGACACGAAAGAUUCCGCAAUCUCUUUGUUAGACAGUAGACUUUAUUCAUCCCUUCUCUCAUCAUCUUUUAUAUCAGUAUAUUUCUCUCAAGUAUAUUUCUUUCUCUCCCGAAUAGUCCUUGUAUUCGCCUUAGUUUUUUAACACAAUAUCUUGAGACGAUUCGACGACUCGAUAUUUUUAUUAUGCAGGGUGUCUUUGUUUAAGAUGUUUCCUUUAAGAAUAUUUACAUAAAAUCAAUUUCUCUAUGAUAAGUUUAAUUAGUUCAACUUUGUGAGAUGCGUGAUUCAACAUAUUUGAUAAGAGAGGACGUUUAAUUUAAAUUUAUCACGCAAUCACAAAGAGUCUGUUGAUCAAAUAAAGGUAGCUUUAAGACACCCUGUAUAAAUAUAUUGUCUAGAGAUAUCGAGUCGAAAAAUGAUUUGAUUUUUAAUCCUUUGUAAGUAAGAAAUAAAUUUUAUCAGCGGUAGAGUCGCAACAAUUCACGAUUAUUCAAUAAUGAUUCUCUAUUUUUUCCGAGAAUUGUGAACAAUUAAAAUAAAUGUAAAGUCAUUCAGCGAAAAGAGAAUUGGUCUAAAAUUUCUGUAGAAAAUUUUCAGAAAAAAAAAUUACCGAAAAUUACGUAACACGCUAACAAGCGCGAAGUAAUGUUAAUAUUGUCAUGUUAGAAGAUAAAUAGACGAGAUAAUAUUUGCGCAAAUCAUCCGGCGUGUCUGAAAUAGAUCGAUAAAUUUUGGCAACACAGAUUUUAUUUGUCUUAAGGAUGCAAAAAAGAUGGUGUAAGCAUAGAUCCGCAUUCUUUCCGAGCUAUAAAUAACUUUGCCUCUGCUGCGGAGAUUUGCAAGAAUUCCCAAGAUUGAUAGAGAUUUGCUCUUGAAUAAAAACACGAAAGUUAUUCCAUUUUUCUUUUAUAGGAAUUGUUGAAUAUAAUUUUUCUUCCGGCAAUGACAGAAUAAGAGAAAUUCAAAUAUAAAUUGAUAAAAAGAUUUACUUGGAAAUUUGUAUUGUUACAUUUAUGUACAUUUUUAAAGCAACAUCGAAUCACAGCAAGUACUAGGAUUAUCUAUUAUUAAUGUAAAAUUAUACGACGGAUAUAUAAUUAUAUUAUAAUGUAAAAAUUAUACGAUGAGAUAAGACACAUUUUUGCAAAACUCCGCCGUCGACGAAAACAUUUAUAAUUCGAAAAGGAAUAAGAGUAUUUUUAGAUUUUUAAUCAUCUUUUAUUUUCAUUUGCAAGAUAGGCGUGGAAUGCUCCAAAAAUUCGAUCUAUUUCAAGGACACCAUAUAUACGAUUGUUUCAAUUAUAUUAGCAUGACUUGUUCCUUUUUUCCACGCAGAAUCGUGAUUGUUGCGUGUUCGAUUAACCCGAGUGACCUCACGUGCAUGAUCCGAUUGAGAGCUCCUACUCCGUUCUUUAGAUCGUUGUUUCGUACGACGGAGUAACUCCUACGGAUUGUUGGACUAUUCCAACUCGAGAUGUUUAUUUAUAUUAGACAUGAACGGGAGCCGGAUCGUUGCGGGACGAAAUCCCGCGGAGAUGUCCCACACCUGCCGCGGCACGAUUUCCUUACACGGGGCCUUAAUACAUACGGUGGACGCCUGUACCUUCGUCGUGAGCAACGGCGGCACGCAAACCUUCCACAUCAAGGCGUCGACCGAGGUGGAGCGACAGCAAUGGGUUACAGCCCUCGAGCUGGCGAAAGCUAAAGCCAUUCAAGCAAUGGAAUCUGAAGAAGAGGAGGAGGAAUAUCAAGAUAACGACAAUCAAAACGUAGAAACUGCGUCUGUGAUUAAGGAUCUAACGCGACGAUUGGAUGAUCUGCAAGCGUGCAACGACUUAAUAUUCAAGCAGGGAGCUGCGCUUCAGCGAGCUUUGGCCGAUUUAGAAACGUUAGAGCCUCCGUCCCCCGAAUUAGCGGCAAAAUUCAAGACCGUCAGCGAACGAGCUACGCUUUUCCGAAUUGCGGCGAAUGCGAUGAUCAGCACGAGUAACGAUUACUUGCAACUAGCCCAGCAACAGGAGCCUAAAUGGAAGAAGAUGUUGCAGCAUGAACGCGAUCAAAAAGUGCGGAUAGAAAAAAUGGUCGAACAGCUAGCUAGGCAACAUUCCCAUUUGGAGGAAGCUGCACAACAUGCGAUUCCUUCAGCGACACUUGCAGGAGGACACAGACCUUCACAUCCCGCAAUUACGACAUCCCCGUCGGAGGAUGAGGAAGAUAAUGCUGAAUUUUAUGACGCGCAAGAGUCGGACACCUUCACUCUAACCAUACCCGGAGCCACCAGCAAUUCGAUUUCUCACACGAGAGAUCGCACAGAUUCCCAGGGUAGCGACGAUGGCUCCAGUUCAGAAGGGGAUCCAACGCCUUUGCCCGUCUCCGAUUCAACUGGCGCCGAGUCGUUUCUUAUUGUGACCGAUUCCACGGCAGCGCAGACUCCUUCACCCGUCAAGACCACAGACGACCUGGACAAUAGUUGGCAAACCAACAAUGGCGGCAGCGGCACCAGGAUGACCAAAAGGAAGCGAAGGCUCAAGGUACCUGACAAACCAAAUUAUCCCUUGAAUCUAUGGAGUAUCAUGAAAAAUUGUAUUGGCAAAGAUUUGUCAAAGAUUCCUAUGCCAGUUAAUUUCUCCGAACCACUUAGUAUGCUUCAACGGCUGACAGAAGACUAUGAAUACGCAGAUAUUCUUGAUAGGGCUGCGGAAUGUACAGAUAGCUAUGAACAAAUGGCUUAUGUAGCUGCGUUUACUAUAUCUAGUUACUCUACAACUGCUGCUAGAACAGGAAAACCUUUCAAUCCCCUUCUUGGUGAAACUUACGAGUGCGAUCGUACAGAUGACCUUGGAUGGCGGGCGAUUUCAGAACAAGUAUCCCAUCAUCCACCUAUGCUGGCUCAACAUUGCGAAGGAAAGAAAUGGCGGUGCUGGCAAGAGUUCACAAUGGCCUCCAAGUUUCGCGGAAAAUACCUGCAGGUGAUUCCUCUGGGUACCGCUCAUUUGGAAUUCAACCAUGGGCAGCAGCACUAUACAUGGCGUAAAGUUACUACUACAGUACAUAAUAUUAUAGUUGGAAAAUUGUGGGUUGAUCAGAGUGGUGAUAUGGAUAUCGUAAAUCAUAAGGAGGGUAUCAAGUGCCAUUUGAAGUACAUACCAUACUCAUACUUUUCGCGAGAUAGUCAGCGUAAAGUGAAGGGAGUAGUAAUGAGUUCUAACAAGGAAGUCAAGUGGGUAGUACAGGGUACGUGGGAUGCAAAAAUAGAAAUUGCUCCAGUAAUUAGCACAUCUGGUACACCUGAUAAUCCAGUCUACAAGACGGGUCCUUACAUAUUGGCGUGGAAACGACGUAUGCCUACUGAAGAUUGUGAGAAAUAUUAUUCCUUUACGGAAUUAGCGAGUCAAUUGAACGAACCGGAAGAGGGUAUAGCUCCGACGGAUUCUCGGCUAAGGCCUGAUCAACGACUUAUGGAAGACGGACGGUGGGACGAAGCUAAUGCCGAGAAAUUGCGUUUAGAAGAAAAACAAAGAGCAAAUAGACGAGCACGCGAGCACGAAGCCGAGAAGGCUACUGCACAAGGCUUACCUUACGAGGUGUACGAACCAUUGUGGUUCAGAAAGAAACAGGAUCCGUACACGGAUAGCCGUUGUUAUGUUUUCAAUGGCGAAUAUUGGGAUUGUAAGAGUAAAGGUGAUUGGUCACGAUGUCCGCAUAUAUUUUAGUUGAUUAUAUAAAUUAUAUAUUCGAUUAUGAUACGAGACUCGUCACACACGCAUAUGCGAGGAAGUUUUGGGUCAUUCAAGUGACGAUAAUCGAGAUUAUACAAGUCGCGACCGCUUGUGGUGAAGACUUGAAUGCUUAUAAAAUAACGUUGACGUGAUAAUGGGAUUGUUACAGGAUAUGAUGUAGCGAGAUUAAUUCUUCCGAAGUGGCUGGCACUCUGAUAUGUAUAAUAUGCAGUUUGCAUACUUGCGUGUCAUCACUAUUGUUAUUCUUUGAUUCUCCCAUGUCUUUCUCCCUUCCUCCGCGCAAUAUUAUUUUAUUCUUUUCUUUCCGAGUAUAAUUAGGCGCAUUUAAUCCAAUGCUUAUUCAAUGUACAUUUGUAUGUUAGCUUUUUGUUUCAAUAUUUCGCCAAAUUAAUGUAAAUAACCAACUCUUUAAAUUUUUCAAUCCGAUUAAAUGCUUAUUUAAAUUUUGCAUAUAUGCAGCUGUAUGUACGAAUUUAUGAAGAAUCAAUACUGAAGCAAACAUCGAUAAAACGUGAAUAUUUUACUACAUCAGCCUAAAACUGAGAUAGCAAUAUUACGGUCAUAGAGAAAGCUCGUAAGGAACUAUUAAUCACCAUUAUCAGGGGAAGGGGGUAAUCAAGCUCAAUGUUCCACUUUUAUAAUAUAUCCAGUAUUGAUUUAUUUUUAGACAAAUACAAAUCUAAUAUUCUAGAAACUAAUCCUUAAGUUUUAUCGAAAUUAGUCAUGCUAUUAUAUGUAGAUAAAAAAUUUUGUGUAUUUCAUUAUUUGAUCGAUUGCUGAAAGUAUUUGUAUAAAAGCAACAUACAGAAAUGUGCAGCAAAGAAUAAAAUUGAAUUUACUCGAUGUGCAUUGGUAUUAAUUAAGAUGCAAUGAUAUUUUUAUUUUUCACGCAACUUCUUUAUGAAAAAUAAAAAGGGAACGGAAUUUAAACGUGUCAGAAUUUAAUUUAUACAUUUUUAUUUAUUAGAAAAAUUAAGCCUGUAUAAUUAUAUGUCACAUUUCCAUCGCUGCAUAUUUCUUGUUUGAUACAAUUGUGUAUUACGAUAUUUGAAAUAUUCGAAAUUAUAAAAAGUACCGACAGUAUUGUCCGAAUUAAGGAUAAAUAUAGAUAUGUACAUUGGAGGAUUUAUUCAAUAAUUUCAAAUAUACACACGAGCGCAGCGAUGAUGCGAUCGCUGAUAUUUUAUGUAAUAUAAAAUCGACAACCAUGAUGCUUCCAAGUUUGGCCAGUGUUGUUAUUGCAAAAGCCACAUCGUUACACAAAUAAUGCUCACGCAAACUUUGAGCCCGCUAGGUAGACAGAAUACUUUAUCGAGUUGUAAUGCGGUGUAAUGUUAUUAUGGAAGUAGAACGAUAAAAAAAAGACACGAGGUACACUUGAAAUACGAUUUAUUGUGCGAUGGCUCCUAAGUGCUGCUCCGCUUGAUUAAAUGAACCGAAAUCGGGAUCCCGAGCUUAAAAAGCUUUUUUUUGUUUUCUAAAAAUUUACGCUACAGCAUAGAAAUACACAUCUAUAGGCAUGAUUUAUAGCGAAUGAUAUGCAUGUGUGUAUGCGUUGUAUAUGUACGUAUGUAAAAGUAUGUAUGUUUGUCAAUACAAACACAUACACACACACGA